CCAGUCGGAAGCCACAAAUAGUGGUUACUCGGCAAAGGUGCUACAAACGGACAGAACAGUCCACUUUUGACUUUGACAGUGCUGGCGUGAUCAACUGUUACUGAUCCGUAACUACUCUCUUAAUACAUAGUACAGACAGUACAACUUUCCUACCAUGGUGUUAUACACGGUGAAAUGAAUAAUUACGAACCCCAAAAAAGUAUUCAUGUGUAUUCACAGCACCUGAGCAGAAAAAAAGUAUGUAUUAUAGAAUCUUGUCAUCAAGUCACAAUUUUAUACAACAUAAGUUGACACUACAGUAACACUAAACAGUGAUGUUCACGGCGUAUGAAAACGACUUUGUUUUGCCGUGGGAAUGUUUUAAAUAUAAACUAGUCCCACAACCACUUGACUUGUCAGCCAUAUUUGUCCAAAUGGGAAUUGGUCGCGAUCGGCUAUCACAUAUUUUCACGGCUUGCUAUUGUAUACUGAUGGUGAAAAUGUGGAAAAAAGGUAACGCAACAAGUUGCAAAUUCAACCUGAAUGAAUUUUUUGAAUACAAAAUAUUUACAGCCAUCUGAAUUCCGACAAUACGCCUCAGAUUACGUUUAAACACCCCUGUAACUAAAUGGGUAACACCUGAAUAUACAGCUGACAUAACUCUAAAUGAACACAUUACACGGUCUCUUUUGACUUCUGUAUUCAGAGGAAGAAGGCACGACAAGUAAACUCUCAGCUUGCAGAAAGAAAACCGAGAAACAAAAUUCUGACCAUCCGACCACCAUGUCAUCAGGAGUUAAGGCCGAACUGUGGUCAGAAGACGAGCUCAUUCAGAAGCUUGACCAGUUGAAGCUGGUGUCCGAGCGGCUGGACGUAGCGCCGAAUGUCCGAGAAGACUGGACGCGGAAGGCGCAGCAGCGCGCGAACGAGUACCUGGCGAGUCUGCCCGACAGGAAGGUGCUGUCUGGUAACGAUGAGGCGGAGACAGAGACAGAGGAGGCCGUGAGAUCCGUCUUACCCAUCAAGGAGGAACCUGUUAGCUUCGAUGCGGCCUUGGAGAGUUUCUGUACCUCGGUAGGAGACCACAUGCUGAUGAGAGAGGGACAUCCGGGGUACUUUGCCUACGUGCCAGGCAACAGUUUGUAUCCUGCCGCCAUCGGGGACUUCUUAGCAGCAGCUUUCAACCCUUACGCCUUGGUGGAUUACGCAUGCCCCGCGGCCGUCCAAAUGCAACAUUCUCUCAUCCGCUGGGUGGCGCGACUCUUCGGUUACCCAGAAACCUGCGCGGGAAACCUGACGUCGGGUGGAACCGGGGCAAAUCUCAUUGCCAUGGCAACGGCGAGAGAUGCGAAGAAACUAAAAGCAAAGGAUUAUCACAGGUGCGUGAUUUACAUGAGUGAGCUGACUCAUGACGGCAUUGCGAAGGUUCUCCACACCAUUGGGAUGGGAGAAGCCGUCAUUCGCAAAAUCCCCGUCACUGAGAGGUUUGAGAUGGACGCUGAGAAGCUAGAGGAGGCCAUAGAGAUAGAUAAAAAGGAAGAUUUGAUCCCAUUUGUCAUCGCUGCCACGGCGGGUACCACAGACGUGGGCUCGGUGGACCCGGUAGCGGAGCUGGCGGACGUGGCUGAGAGGCACGGCGUGUGGCUGCACGUGGACGCCUGUUACGGCGGCUUCUUCGUCCUGUGCGACUCCGUCAAACACCUGUUCAAGGGUGUGGAGAGGGCAGACUCCUUCACAUGCGAUCCACAUAAAGGCUUGUUUGUCGCGUUCGGAACCGGUAUAGUGAUGGUACGGUACUGGAAGCAUCUCCUGUCGUCCAACAGACGAGCGCUCGCCAGCUACCUACAGGACAGGCACACCUGCGCCGGGCAGCUAAACCCUGAGGACCUCACUUUCGAGCAGAGCACACACUUCCGCGCUGUGAGGGUAUGGCUGCCGCUACAGGUGUUCGGGGUAGGAACGUUCCGAGCAGCACUACAGGAGAAAGUGUACCUGAGUCGGUACCUGUACCACAAGCUCAAAGCUGUCCCGGGGCUGGCUGUCCUUGAGCCUCAGCUGUCCAUAGUGCUGUUCCGGUACGAAGACGUCCCUGCAGGACAGCAUGCUCGUGACGUCACAGAGUUCAACCUGAGGCUACUGGGUGAAGUCUGUCGGGAUGGGAGGGUCUUCAUCGCCUCCACAACCGUACUGGGGAAGGUGUACCUGCGCGCAUGCGUGUUAGCCUUCAGGACACAUCGAGAACACGUAGACACGCUGGUGUCAGCGCUCAGAAACGGUUUAAAACAGUUACUGGACUAAAGCUAAGGGCACAAUCCACCGUACGUGCAAUUUGUCCGUACGUUUUUAUGGAGGCCACGUCCGCCACGUAUUUCUGAAAACGGGUGGCGAAUCC